AUGAAGAAACAGUUUAUGAGAGCAUAUUCAUAUAUCAACGUUGAUUUUAAUAAAAUAUCAUCGAUAGCAAGCUUACUAUGUUUAAUUGACUGUGUUUUGAUACCCGUCCUUACAAUUUUAUUGUCACUAUUUAGUCUUAUAAAGCAUUAUUUUAUUAGCAGUAAUGGUCUUAAUGCUUUAAAUUUCGAAGGUAGUGUCCAUGGAAAUGCUCCCAUAGAUCAUCAUGGCCAUGAUUCAUGGCACAUAUUUAUGGAAAAGAUAGCAUUAUUUUUUAUGAUGCCAAUAAUUACCAUAACCACCGUUGUUAACUUUUACAAAUUAAGAAAUGUCCCUUUACUUAUGUCUGCCUUAACCGGAAUGACAUUAUUUAUAAUAUCUCAUGCUCAUAUUGAAUUUAGUAAUGAUAGUAUAAAUGAUAUUAUUGAAGUUUUGCAUAUACCUUUGGCAUUGUUAGGGGCUGCAUUUUUAUUAAGUACAAACUAUGCAUCCCAUAAACUUUUAAAAGAAAAAAACCUAGAUCAUUGUUGUAAAUAUGAUCAUAUAAAAUGUUAUCAAAAUACCCAUCACCAUUGCAACCACCAUCAUAAUCACCAUCAUGGUACUGAUAAUAAUCAUAGCCAUUUAACAGUUAAUAAAAAUAUAUUAAACAACUUUGAAAAACCUUUAGACGACAACACCGACUUAUUAUCUUAUUUGUAG